AAUGCUUAUUUAAUUAUUAUUUUUAGGAGUUUUUUAAUUAGAAAAUUUAUUUUAAUGGAAGAUCCUUCAAAACAACCAAUUAUUGGCCGUUCUUUUGAAGAGGCACGAUCAAAUAUUGAUAUUUCUGGUAUUAAUCGUUAUAAUCCUACACAAGUUGCACAACUGGAAUAUGUUGUCCAGUUGAUGAUUUCUGAAACCAAAUAUGACAAGGAUAUUCUUAUGACUCUUUUGAAGCUUUACCAAUUAAAUCCACAUCUUUAUAAUGAAAAAUAUGUUUGUUUGGUUCUGCUCAAAACUAUGACAAACUUUCCUCGAAAUGAUUUUGCGUUGGCAAAGUAUUUGUUAGAGGCCGAUAAAGUUAAUUCUUUGGAAGUCCGUCGCGUUAUCUCGAUUGGAGCUUUACUUGAAUCUUGUAAUUUUGUCAAAUUCUGGCGUUUAUUGAACGGACGUUCUAAACCUUUGGACUCUUCAGACGAAUCAUUUUCUCAAUCUAAUGAUAUUAAGCAAAUUGUUGAGUCAAUUAAAGGAUUUAAAGAAGCUAUUAGAAAUUAUGCUUGUCAAGUAAUUAGUGUUACAUAUCAACGUAUUUACAAACAAAAUUUGGUUAUGUUGUUGGGAGAUAUUGAUGAUAAAGAGCUUGCUUUUUACGUUUCUCAUUUUCGUUGGAGAAAAGUUGAAGAUGAGGAUGUUUAUUUUAUUCAAAAUCAUGAGGAUACUAUUAAAAGUCGAAAUAUUGAAGAAAAACUUCAAUUUGAACAAAUGUCUUCAACUUCUUUAAGUACAGCCGCCUCUUCGUCUUUUACUGAAGGCGAUGAAAUCGGAAAGAUGUUUGAUAUUUUGAGAGCAUUUAUUUCGCGUAGAAAUGACCAAGACACGACAAUUAGAAAAUUGAGAACAAUUGUGGAUGGUUCUUCGAAAAAUGCAUCUUUACUCUUCGAUGUGCUUGUAGCUCUUCAACCUGAGUUCGAUGAGGAACGCAAACGAAAAGAAGAAAAUGAUGUGGAGAUUAGACGUUUUUUGGAGCAGCUAGGAAAGGAGAUUUUGCCUUCUGAAGUUCUCUCAUUGGAAUUAAAUGCUUUAGGGGCAGAAGAACAAGCAACAAGAUCGAGAAUUGUUAAAAGCAAAACAAGGAUUUAUUAUAAACAGUUAAAAUUUAAUUUGUUACGAGAAGAGAGUGAAGGGUAUGCCAAACUUAUAACAGAACUUUUACAUCCUUCUUCUAAAAGUGAUGAAAUGAUUUUAACUGUUGAUUGCUUAAUUGGUCAAUUCAAUUUGGAUCCAAACAGAGUUGUUGAUAUUAUUCUUGAAUGCUUUGAAUAUGCCCCUAAUGAAUAUCAACGUUUUGUACGACUUAUACGUGAUUUUAAUGUCGAUCAAAAAGAUUUGUUUUCAAUUUUGGCUUUGAAAUUUAUUUUUUGUCAGCGUGCAGAAUACACUCCAAUGUCUCUUUAUCGCCUCUCUUCAAUAUUAGCCCAGGAAAAUUUAAUUGAUAUACUUGCAGUAUUUAAUUUAGCAACGCCUACACAAAAAGAAGCAAUUGAAGAUUGUAAAACACUAGCAGAAUUAAUUAGAGUUCGAUCUGUCCGUGCCGAAACAAUUUCUUCUAGCGGAGUUUGUUUAAAAAAAAUUUUUUGUGCGGAAAUUAAAAAAUACCGCUUAAAAAUUAAUUUUUAA